GCAACUUAUCCAAAAUUCAGCAUGAUAAUGAUUGUUAUUAUCAACUGACAGACACUUGAGCCAGAGCGUGCUAUCUUACUUAUUUUGAAUUAUCAUCUGCAGUUUGUUAUGUAAUGCAAAAGGUGACUCAUGAUCACAUAUUAGUAGAGUGAGCAUUUUAAACUGUCGUAAAGAGAUAGUAAUAUGGCCCCAGUUGUCAAUUUAGUUUGCGAAUAUAACUCAUACUACUUCUUGGUAUAACUCCACAGAUUUCGAGAUGAAGAAUUGGAAGGGUGUGCAACUGUACACCGAACGAGGAGUGUAACGAGCAAGCGGAACUACCCCAGAAUUCCUCAAACCUUAUGCACUGACUGUACUUAUAAGUCAUGUGCAUUUGACAAGUUUGGGAAAACCGGACAUGAGCAGAGAGUGAUAACAUAUUGUUUCAAGCAUUAUAGAAAUUUCGAUAGUGUUUUGUUGUGCCGCUCUGCGGUGAUAAGAUAUUGUCGUGCGUAGAAAUUGACAUGCAACUGUUAGUCUUUCACACCUCACAGUCUCACACUUCGUAUUAUUACAAAAUCAUUAGUUUAUUUAGUAAAUAUUAGGCCAUAAUGGCUUGCAUAACAUUUUCGUUCCCAUUCAAUAAUUGAAAUAUAACUUUGAAACUUUGAAAUAGUUGAGGAGUAGCAACCCCACGUACCCGAGGAGGACUCCUGGGGAGUGCAGUUACCCGCAAGGAGGGUGGGUGGGACAGGAUUAUCUGCCUCUGGCUUGCCUUAGCCGGCCGGCCAGAGUGGAAUCGUUAGAGCUAUAAGCACCAGGGGUGGAAGUGAAACAUGCAUAAGACGCGAGUUGGCACAGUGGCUGCUAGCAGCCACAUGCUGGUAUCACAUGGGUAUAGUUUGGAGUCCACAUAGUCACCUUUGAGACCCUCUGCCAAGCAAAUGCUGACAGAUUUCGCUUUUCUGUUUCUACCAGUACUAUUAUUUCGGCUGCUGCAACUGCUGUCAUAACUAUUAUUUCGGUAUCAAAUGGGUUAAAUCAGCCCCCCUUUUUCGCACCGGAAGUGGCCUCCUGUUUUGUACUUUCAGCAAGUUCCACCAGGGCAGACUAUCAAAUUCAGACUUAGCAUCACGUUUAGUUAUGGGAAACCAUUGUGCAGUCGGCUCUUCUACCAGUAUGUAUGGUAUGUUUUAUAUAUAUUAUAUUUUGUUUUUUUGUUAAAGAAACACCGCCCACAAUCUCUCUGUUUUGCCGUAAGGUUGACUGGUAGAGAAUGUCUCAUUGCAUUAAGUCCGCCUUUUGUACUGUAAGGUUUUCUUUUGUGCAAAAAAGGUUAAAUAAAUAAAUACUUACACGAGUCAAAAAUACAAAAAUGUAAAUAUCAAAAAAUACAACCACUAAUAAAUACCUACCUAAAAACUAAGAAACCAACAAGUGAGAUUGAUCAGAUUGAGGAUCUGCAAAAUUUUAAAAUGUACUUAAGUAGGCAUAUACUGUGUUUUUAUUUCAUCGUGAAUUAAAUAAAUAAUAGUAGCCAUAGUAGGUAAAUCGAUGUUAUUGGAUUUGCAAACAAUUUUAUUUUUAUUUAUGGCAACAACAUUUCUAACUAGAUAAGUUAAAACACGACGUUUGAAUAUAAACUUUAACGAUUACUGAAUACGCUCUAAAAUGCAAUGUGUCACUAACGGAAUCCAUAAAAUAAGGGUAGAUAGUGAUAUUCAUAAUUUCAAUCUGCCCACAAGUAUGUACCUGAUACAUUUUUUGCAGAUAUAAUUAAACAUCAGAAUAAAUAAAACUAGUCAGCACCGGUAAAUUUCCCGUGAACGUGGUUUUUGAAAAACAUUAAUACCCAUCCACGGAUUUAAUACUAGGAAACUGGAAACAGGAAUAUGGAAAACAGUGAAACAUCGAAUAAUCAAACAGCCAGCGGCUUCAUAGACGAUUAUUCCCAUCUCCGCUUAUCCUAUUAUCAGCUACGAGGAAGGAAUAAUUCAUUAUCAUUCGAUCAGUCAAACCGUAAGUCUCAAGAUACCCAAGAUAACUCAACACUGAAUCAUACCGCGAGAAUGGAUGUUUCUGUAUGUGAAUCACCCGUUGUGCAAGAUAUAUCAAUAAAGAAUCAUGGCUGCACCGAGAGAAUGGGUGUAUCUGGAUCCGAAUCAUCCGUGCAAGAUAUAGAAAUAGAACGGCAGCGUCGACGUGAAUAUUACAUAUCCCAGAUACCGGAUUUGCCUCAUCCAUCGUACACUAUGGCGUCAAUAAUAGCGGCUAAGUCUCGCCAAAUGGGCGGUAAUUUUGCCUAUAAUAACAGAAUUGAAAAAGGCAACGCUGAGAUCGAGUUUUCGCCGCGGGAUAGGUCAACUAUGCUGCCUUGUCAGUUUAAACGUGAGAAUUGAAGCUAUUUUUAUGUGUAUUAAUAUUGUUGGCUUGCUUUUUAGUGACAAAUUAUGUUGAUAUAUUUUCGGAUUCGUAGAAGAAAAUUAUAAGAAACGGAAAUGAUAAUUAAUUACACUCGGCCCGAUACUAACUUUAAUAUACGUCAAUUUUUUUUAAAUAUAUAUAAAGAUACGAUAUGGAUUGGAUAUAUCAGUGUCAAAAGGACGUUUUUGUUUGAGGAAACGUCACUUUUGACACUGACAUAUUUAAUCCAUAUCGUAUCUUUAGCAAAUAUUUGACGUAUCUUAAAGUUAUCUUAAAGUGACAGGUAAUCUUAAUAAUUGAUAUUAAAUUCAGAAAAUAGAAUUAUGUAUAAGAAUAAUUAUGUUGGGAAUGUUAAUUAUAGAUGAAAUAAUAUAUUACGACUUUUAAAUUUAUUUUGAUUUGUGUCCUUAUGUUACCGCUUAAGUAUUUCUUUAUUUAACUUAAUAUCAUUACAAUAAAAAAUACAAUACAAUACAAAUUACAAGGUUAAUUUUAAGAUGAAUAACGACUUUUUUUAAACAAAUAAUAAAAUAAAAUUGUAUCUAGCA